AUGGGAGGUGUGGUGGCUGUUUGGUUGCCAGAAAAUGGGAAAAUGGAGGUGAUGAGCUGCUGGGGGUUCCAGUUUGAGUUUGGGGCUGUUGUUGGUAGUGUUGGACGGGUAGAGGAUGGUGGUGAAGUUGUUUGGAGGAGGGAGCUGCUGGAAACUUUUGAAAUCUCUAAUUUAGAAGAGCAAAAUGCAGAUGGAAUUGAAGAUUCCUUGGAGGAUAUAGAAAGCAACAUGAAUGCAGUUGUAUCUUUUGUUCCUCAACUAGGUGAGCAAGAAUUAAGAGAGCCUUACAUCGGUAUGGAAUUUCAAUCACUUGAUACUGGAUUUAAAUUUUAUCUUGAUUAUGCUCAUCGUAAUGGUUUUAGUGUGCGCAAAAAUCGAAUUAGUAGAUCAACAAAAGAUAAAUCCAUUAUUGGUCAAGAGUUUGUUUGUUCAAAAGAAGGAUUUCGUUCAAAAAAAUGUCUUGAGAGUAAUAAGCAAUGA